AUGUCAGGGCCCAAUGUGAAGCGCAAGCUGCUCCUCAGGUUGAGUCUUAGACGGUGUCUGCUAUUGCCACUUUGCACACGGGCUGUGCAUCACGCCAAGGUCGUUCGUGCUCGCGCAUGGGUGGAAAUACUCGUCUCCCGCCCUAAGGAUUGUGCUGAGCUGUACAAAUGCGGAGAAAGAAUCAGCGGCGUUUACUCAAUAGACCCUGAUGGUUUAGGUCCCUUUAAAGUGUAUUGUGACCAGACAACAGAAGGUGGGGGAUGGACGGUGUUUCAGAGGAGACUGGAUGGUUGCUUGGAUUUUAACCGCGAUUGGGCUGACUACAAGCAUGGCUUCGGUAAUUUUCUUAUUGGUGAAUAUUGGCUCGGAUUGGACAAGAUUUAUCGUCUGACGCAAAAGGAGACGGAAAACAGACUUCGAGUAGAUCUGGGAAGAGUUAAGAGCAAUGCGGUCUACGCUGAAUAUUCGUGGUUCAAGAUCGGAGACGAGAAAGCCAUGUACCAGCUAAACCUUGGAAAUAUUGCAAAUGCGACUGUCCAUGACUCUCUCGAGUAUCAUAAUGGCUCGUCGUUUGGUACCCGGGAUAAAGUUAAUGAACACUGUGUCCAUAAUAUAUCGGGAGGCUGGUGGUACGUCAAAAGUACUGAGUGUGCUGUGUUGUCAAAUCUCAAUGGUGCUCAUCAGCAUUGUGGAAAGGAGAACAAGACCACAGCCAGGGUCUGGGCCGAGCAAAAGAUCCAUUGGGGUGACUUAGCUGUCACUGCAGGAGAAACCGCUCCAACGACAUCUGAAAUGAAAAUUAAAACUGUGGACUUUCCUUAA